AUGGCUUUGUCUACGGAGCUGGUUGCGGAGCUCUCGGCGAAGUUGUCGCAGGUGCAAGAGGGAGACCGACUAGUGAAAACAGUGCAUGCGGCAAUCGCCCAACUCGAAUCCCGGGGUCACGUUUACUCCAUGCAACUGGCGCCGGCGAUGGUAGGCAUUAGCCGCCAGAAUAGAGACGGCAGCGGGAUUAAUCCCGUGGAUGUGCACGAUCUACUGGGCGACAUCAUCUCUGCCGGCUGGCUCGACUCCAGAGUUCAGGCAAUCGCUCAUGAACCGACGGGACAGGAAGACAUCGACUGGAACGUGCGCCUCUUCGAGUCCAUGCACAACCGCUGUGGGCCCAUCGAGCCCACAAUGAUCAAGGCACUCUCCCUCGCGGGUUCGCAUACAAACUCGGUUCUUCGUUGUUUCCACUAUGAGGUCAUGCAUGACGGAGACGAGUCUGUUUGCCAUGAAGGGCGGCUGAGCAUGGAGUUGCUUCGGCGCCACGAUCCUGAGUUCGCGAGGGCGGCUCGCGAAGGAGUGGUUUGGAAGAUUUUGUCACGACACGUCGCUGCCCAGCUGCCGCAACUUCUCGGGCUAGUCCAAAGGAUGGGGAACGCUACCCUUCACCGUGGGGAGCAUGAGCUCCAGCUCAUGAGGCGUCUACAUCAGACUUGGGUCCAGAUGAGCUCUCAGGGUGCUGUAGACUUCCUGGCCUUGAAGAACAAGGUAACGACAGGCAAGUCCGUGCAUGGCAAGUCCAUGCCGCACCUUUACAGCUUUGUGUUAAAGACCGCGGGGGGCACGGAUCCAUUUUUGCUCAACGAAACAGAGACCUUCGUCAGGCUCCAUUCCCCCAGUACACGUUCGUUGGGGGCCGCGUUUUGGGAGAAGGUCAGUGCCGAUGUCAAGGGUUCGAACCAAUUCCCACGGUUCCGGCAUGCCAUGGUGAAGCUGGCCUACUGCAGAGAAGCAGUGAGCCUAGCAGACUUGAAAAAAAUGAUGAGUAAGGACAUGUUGGGCAGUGUCAGAGAUGCGGAUGGCAUGAUGACCGAGUGGCGCAAAAUCGUGACGUCCAUGGGUGACACGAUUGACACGGCACGCAUGCAUGAGAUCCACAGGGAGUCCUUAGCCCAUGACGUGGUAGUGAUUCUUGAAGGCAUCGGGCAAGUGAAGCUGGCCUCUCCCUGGGCAGCGCACGAGGUGAAGUCAACGGCUGCUCCUGCAAGUUCAUCAAGCCAGCCUGCACGGAAGUCCAUCAUGCGAGAAUUGGCCGCGGAUGGUUCGGUCAAAGACUCUGCAGACCUGCUGAAAGAGGCCGGCUUCGAAGCCGGACAGCACGUCCGUCGCAAGGCCGAUCAGGAGAGUGGGGAGAUCCUGUCGGUGGAGAAAGGCCGAGUUCGAUUGAAGCAGGCAGGCGGCGAUGUAGUCAGGGUAUCCAUGGACGGAUUCUUGGCAGGGGAAUGGUCCGUGUUCAUCCCAAAACCUGAGCCCCACGUGAUUGAAGACGUUUUCCAGUAUUUCCCCACACAGAGCCCCGAGUACCAGAAGCAAAAGCUGCUGGCAGAGCUUUACCUGGACAUGCACGAGUUGUUUGAGAAGCAUUCCCAGAAUCCGUAUUUGAGCAAACUUCGUCUGUUGCUGAAACCUCGGAAAGCCGUGGAGGUGACUGGCACAAUCCCCAAGCAGAAGCUGUUUCUCUGCCCUGCGUCAGUACAGAUCAAGCACAGCUCCAAACAACCCGAAGAUGCCAUGUUCCAGAUUGGCACACCGAUGGCCGAUUGUUACUUUUGGGUUCAGCCGUACAUGCAGUUGCCCAAAGCCGAGGGCGAUGCUGCAGGAUUCCUGAAUCCAGCCUUCCUCGUUCAGGGUCUGACAGAUGCGGAGGGCUUGAAUAUGGAGGUGAUCCAUGUGAAAAGCACGAGGAACAAAGGCGUGCUCCUCCCAUUGCUCCGAAACAUGAAUGCAUUGCACCAGGGCGACACUCUCUUCAUGCACAAGCAGGGCAAGUCUGUCAAUGUGGAGCCGUUGAAGCAGGAUGUCACCCCGCCCAGGAGCCUGGACAAGCCCUCGAAGUAUCAUGGCACGUGUCAUGCAUAUGCAUUUCAAGAUCUGGCUUGGUCAGUCAGUGCUGAUGGAGCGUCAUCAGCAGAAGAAGAACAUGAUCCAGAGUCGGUCGCCGUGAUGACUCAGAAGGUCGUUAAGUAUGGAAAACAAGUGUGGGUGCCCACACAGAAGGAGGAGCAAGGAACGGUUUGGUUCCUCCUGCAGAAAUGGGAUCGGAGCUUGGUGCGGUUCGUUCAUGGGAAAGGGUUGGAUCUCCGGGCCAAGAAAAAAGAUGCCUCGGAUGUUCGUGUCUCUCUUGACAACAUCUACUUUGAAAAAUUGCUCUCUGCUCGCCAGUCGGCCUUCAACGAGGCAGUCGCAGCGAGAUUGCAGGAGGAAAGCAGCGAGGAGAAUGUGGGAAAGAAGCAAAGCAAGAAUGCCAAGAAGAAACAGAAAGAGUUUAAGGCGACCGUGAAGCACCAGAUGUAUGCACCGCACAACGUGUCCAUAGAGCUGCCGUCCGAGAACGAUGGGACAAAGUUGACUUGUCGAUGCCUCUUUGAGGGAUUGGGCUCUCGAGGUGUUUGGCUUGAGUUGACCCAGGAUGUUCUCCAGCACGUGCGACAUGGGAUGAAGUCGUCAGAGAUCAAAGAAAGGAAGCGAGCCCCCAAAAGAAAGCGGGAUUCUGCUGAAUACUACUGGUUCAAUGCCGCUGGCCUCCUCGGAGGCUUUGUCAAGAACGAGGAGAACGACAACACAUGGGCCGCCCAUGGUGCCACUAUGGGAUGGAGCAAAAAGAAAGGCUGGCUGUGUCAAGACUGGGACAACAAGUGGAUUGAGUCCACUCUUUUCUUGGAGCCCGCUGACGAUGACGAUGGCCUUCAGGAGGUGACGGUGGAGGAUCCCGGGUACUUGCCGCCGAAGCCCAAGGUUGCUCCAAAGGCGAAGAAGAGGCCUCAGACAGACGAGGCAGCUCGUGGAAAGAAGGAUCUCAAGGUACGGAAGACAGGGCCCGAGGAGCCGAAGCACCCGCCGAAGGGACGGCAGGCGGGUGCAGGCCAGCGGAGCUCCAGCUCCAAGGCGCCGCCGCCACCCCCGCCGGGGAUGGUGGUCCCCGAUGGCCGCGGAUGGCGUGCAGGGGGCUACUGGUGGGAUCCAGAGACGGAGAAGUGGCCCGGAGGUGGUCGUGACCGCGGCCGCACACGGGGCCAAGGAGCCAUGAACUCCGCCUGGACAUCCAUGGUGACGAUGAGCAACACCGUGGCCCAGCUGGUGGAGCGGACUCUGGAGGCGACAUGUGCACGACAUCAUGCAUGCAUCUGCACCAUUUAUCAUGGCAUGCUCUCAUAUACUCGUUUGCUGCCAGCACAUGCUGCUCGAGAAGCAACAUUGAGAAGCAAUUUUGUGUACACGUCCUCGAUCACGGACAUGAGCGGCAGCAGCGGCGAGUUUCCAGCUCCGAUGUUCGAGCCCGACUGUGUCAUGGUGCUGAAUGUCACAGCAUCAGUGCUCCCGGACACGAUCAACAUCACGGCGACAUCCAUGGGGGGGAACGUUGUGGCCGUGGUCCGCCACCCGAAGCCUAAGAGCUUGGCUAUGGAGGACCUCAAUCGCAAGAUCAAAAGAGAGGCCAUGAAGAACGGGUGGAUCACGGUCCUGGACGGUGUGAGGCUGCUCGGCAAGCAUAGCCGUGUGCUAAAGGGAACCACAUCUUUGUGGCCCUCGGAGAAAUGGAAGUUUCACUGGGCCCGGGAACUCGUCGCGAGGAAGCAAAUCCUCAAAACAAAGGUGGACCCUCGAAUUUGCAUGUUGGCUCGCUACAUCGCGGCUGACCCUUGA